AACCAGUGACACGCGUUUCACUAUUCAUCAUCAUCUUCAACACAAAAGAAAAACCAAACCCUGCUUUGCCUUCUCAAAACCUUCGAAAUCCAUGCCUCUCAUCCCGUCAUUCCUUGCCUUCGCAUACAGGAUGAUGGUAUAAAUGCUGAAUUAGGUGUUGCUGCCUCAGAAGAUGCAAUACUUGAUUCACUUGCUGAGAGGGCUGAGAGAGAAAUUUUAUGUGGUGGUUCAGAUGAAAAGAACUUGCUUGGUCAUUGUGCACCUUUUCUGUCAAAGCUGUGCAAAAACUUUUGUUUGAUGCAGAAGAAUCCGGAACUGCAAGCAGCUGCUAUGCUUGCUCUAUGUCGUUUCAUGGUAGUGGAUGCUACUUUUUGUGAAGCAAAUCUCCGGUUACUGUUCACAGUUGUAGAAAAUGCAUCAUCACAAACUGUUCGAUCAAAUUGCACCAUAGCUCUGGGGGAUCUGGCUGUUCGUUUUCCUAAUUUAGUUGAACCAUGGACUGAACACAUGUAUGCCAGGUUGCGUGAUUCUUCAGUUUCCGUUCGGAUUAAUGCUAUUUUGGUGCUUUCACAUCUUAUCUUGAAUGAAAUGAUGAAGGUCAAGGGUUAUAUAUAUGAAAUGGCUCUUAGAUUGGAGGAUGAAGAUGAAAGAAUUUCAAACCUGGCAAAGCUCUUUACUGAGUUAGCAAAGAAAGGAUCAAAUCCAAUAUAUAAUUUACUUCCUGAUAUUGUUGGCAAGCUUUCUCAACAGAAUUUGGAUAGGGAAUCAUUUUGCAAUAUUAUGCAGUUUUUGAUUGGGUCCAUUAAAAAGGACAAACAAAUGGAAGGCUUGGUUGAGAAGCUUUGCAACCGGUUUAAUGGUGUUACAGAUAGCAGUCAGUGGGAAUGCCUUGCGUAUUGCCUUUCUCAGUUGUCGUUCACCGAUAAAGGGAUGAAAAAGCUUAUAGACUCAUUCGAGACAUAUGAACACGCUUUAUGUGAGGAUUCUGUGACGGACAAUUCCAGAAACAUCAUCAUCAAGGCCAAGAAGUUUGCAAAACCUGAACUUAAAUCAGCUAUUGAGGAGUUUGAAGAAAAGCUCAAUAAGUUUCAUUCGGAGAAGAAGGAGCAGGAAGUCACAGCACGAAAUGCACAAGACCACAAAAACAGAAUUGACGGCUUAGGAGAUUUUACUGUUGCUGAUAAGAUCAAACAUGAAAAUGGAGAUGCUACCAUCUCUGAAGAUGGUGAAGUCAUUGAUGCUUCUGAUGGACCAUGUUUGAAUGACAUCACAAAUUCAACUGUUGAUCAUGCAGAAGAUUGUUCUACAAUUACCAGUGAUUCGACACAGACGGAAGCCAAUGAUGAUGAAGUCCUGUCUCCAAUAGUUAAUCAAAAAGAUGUACCGAGUUCUAGAAGCAGGAAAUCAAGGGCGCGAAAUCAGAAGGUUGUAAACACUACAUCAGUUAGGACUAGGAGUACAAGAUCAAAACAAAGGUCACCUUCUAUCUUUGAUUUUUAUUUAGUUUUCGGUUUUCGUUCCUUUUUACUUCUGUAUACUGGAUAUGCAAAAUUGAAAUUCCUUUUAUAAAAAUUGUUGUUGACUUUUGUCAUGAAAAUACAUCAUUUCAAGCACAUUGAACUCAAAAUAGUUUCUGCUAUUAUGUAAAUUUUCUGUUAUAUUCUUUCUUUGAUCAUAAAUCUAGAAAAACGAUUGCUCUAUGCAAAAAGUUUAAAACUUGUGUAACUCAAGUGACAUGUUUUGUUGCCGCAAUUGAGCAUGGCGAAGAUCUACAGUCCUCCUUGCUGGUUUUUUACAUGAUUUGUUUUCGAAUUCAGUGAAAGGAAGAGACCAUGCUGCAAAUUGUCACUCAGCUUUUGGCUUGCAUUCUACUGUGAAUAGUUAAUUUAGUAUAUUUAGAUUACAAGGCAGGCUGAGUGAAGGAAAGCUAGGUGAGAAUAGUUGAUUUAGUUAGUAACGUUCAUGUUUGGAGAUCUCCUCCACUCACCAGUCACCAUCGCCAGUCGCCAAUUUCUUGCGAUGUGAAAGUGUCAAACAAUUUUCGUUACAUUUGUUAUGUAAAUUAAAAUUCAAUAUAAUUGUAACCCAAUACUUAUUACUAUGAAACUGCAUGAACUUUGAAUAUGGAUUUUUUUGGUUGAUGUGAUUACGUAUUUAACAUUUUACCUUACAUGACUAUUAUGUGAAGUCCUCACCUGUGCCAAUCCAAAGUCGGUUUACAUUGAUCCUAUCUCUUAAGGCUUAACUUUUACUUUGUGUUUGGAAGAAAAUUUGAAACAAAUAAGCAAAAAAAUAUAAAAAAUUUACAUUAUAAUAAAUUGUUGAAACUAUUUUCCAAGAUAAGCAGUUUUUUCCUAAAGUUGUGGUUUGGAGCUGUUUGCUGUUACUAACAGCAAACAAAGACUGGAGGUCAAAAAAAGUCAACUAGUCUGUUUGCUGCUAGUAACAGCGAACAAAGACUUUGACUAUUUUUGAUUUCCAAUCUUUGUUCGCUAUUAGUAACAGCGUACAGAUGCAUGUUUAAACAACGUAUUCUCCUUCCUUCCUCAUUUCCCCCCAAUUCAAUUAAAUCCUAAAACACAGUUACUUUAGGAGAAAGUUUUGAGUUGGUACUUUGGGAUGAUGGUAAUGAGAGUAAUGAGCUUGUUGAUGAUCCUUCUGAGGAUCAUGUGGAUGUGGAUGAGGAUGACCUAGGUAAUGACAUGACCCUAGGCAACAUUCUUACAAUUGUUGCUCCUAUACCUUAUGCCCUAUGUCCACCUCUGGAUGAAUAUGUAGAGGACAACUCUUGAAAGACUUGGGUUUGUGAUACCACCUACACCGAAGAUGGGGAGUUUCAAAAGGGUAUGAUAUUUGAUAGUAAGGAAGCUUUGUUGGAAGCUGUUAGAGUCUAGCAUAUUUGUAGGAAUGUAGAGUAUAGAACAGAGACUUCUAACCAAACUUCUUUAUCAUUGAAGUGUAAGAGGGGAUGUUCUUGGAAACUAAGGGCUAGACUAAAUCCUUAUUCAACUUCAUGGUUUAUUUGAAAGUACAAUGGAAAACAUGGGAAUUGUGUGUUGGAUAGUAACACUGUGACAGCUGGACAUAUUCACUUGACGUCCUCUGUAUUUAACAAUGUAAUUAGGAAUUGUGUUUCCAAAGACCCUUCGAUUAAGGUGUCUGUCGUUCGACAAAUGAUGAAAGAUCGAUUUGGGAUAGAGCUCACUUACAAGCUAGCAUGGUGUGCUAAACAACAAGCCCUAUUGUCCAUUUAUGGUACAUGGGAGAAUUCAUAUUCUCUUCCACGCUUUUUGAAAGCGUUGCAACAAUCAAACCCGGGCACAGUAGUUGAGUGGUUCUUUAAGGAAGACAAUGACGCGGGUGUGUAUAUACGUCCUAAUAUUAGAACCUUUCAAUGUGUCUUUUGGGCCUUUAGACCUAGCAUAGAGGGCGUUAAGUUUUGUAAGCAUCUUAUUGCUAUUGAUGGUACGCACUUGUAUGGUAAGUAACGUCAUACCUUAUUGACUGCGAUUGCGCAGCAUGUCGAUAAGGAUAUCUUUCCACUUGCAUUUGCCUUCGUUGAGAAGGAAUGCAUAGCUGCGUGGUCUUGGUUUAUGGCGUGUAUUCGUAUUGUCUCUGAUAGACAAUAAUGGGAUUGUGUAAUGUCUCUGAUAGACAUGCGGGGAUUUUAGCGACCAUGGAGGAGACAUCAUGCCAACUACCAUACGCCCAUCAUAGGUUAUGCUUACGCCAUUUGCUUAGUAACUUUAACCGUGCUAUGGGUAAUGUUCAACUUAAGAAGUUAUUUGGUAAGACUGCUGAGUAAAGACAACACGCUAAGGUGGUUGAGGGCUUGAGGGCAAUUGGGGCUGUGAAACGAGAGACUCUUUUUUGGAUUGAUGAAGUGGUGAUAUGUCUAAGUGGUCAUUGUGUCAUGAUGGUGGUCAUCGUGUCAUGAUGGGGGGUCAUAGGUAUGGUGUGACCAACACCAACUUAGCUGAGGUCUUCAACUUUGUGAUGAAGGGUGUAACGUUCUUGCCAUUAAAUACAUUAGUUGAAUUCACCUUCUAUCGCGUCAAUGACUACUUUGUCAAAAGACACGAACGUUCUAGUGCAUGACUAGAGGAAACGUGUACACCACUCAUAGAACGAGGAUUAUCACUAGAAACACCGAGAAGGCGAACUUUCAUGAAAUUGUUGCUUUCAAUUACACAAGAGGAAUAUUUGAGGUAAAGACUGGGCGGGGAAACUCAGGAUCGUCAAAUGAGGGCAAGACUCAAACUGUUGACUUACACAAAGGAAAUACACAUGUAACAAAUUGGAAAUAUAACAAUUACCUUGUUCACAUGUCCUUGCCGUAUGCAUCAAAAGACACCUCACAGAGUUACGCAAACACAUAUGAACUAUGCUUCAUGCCAAUGAUCGAUAUGAGGUCAUGGCAACUGCUUCACUCUAUACUGGGACUAGGACUAAGACUCAACUGGAUCCGGCGUCGGUUUCUAUCGGUAUCAGUUGGAUCUUUUACGCGCUGAACAGUUUCUUUGGAACUCGUAUCCCACUGAGGCAUAUGCUGCCUUGCCUCAGCACUCGGGGAUACGGACAGGGGUGUGGCGGGCUUCUGUGCCACUGAUAUGCGUCAACAUUGUCGAAGUACAUCUACUCGAGCGCAUAAUGCACCAAUUCGGGAUGGUACAAGGCAUCCCACCACCUUGAGACACUGAGGUAGAGUUGCAACUCACGUCGCGUAAUGGUUGGGCCCCAAGGACUGGAGUGAGAUCAAGGGACGCCACAUCGCCUGUUGGGAUCACAGACUGGAGCUGCUAGCUCAAGGUGCACUGAUCGAUGCUGCUGGCACAUCUACCAGUGCUAAUUACAUGCCGUGGUUCUUCUCCAUCACUCGGCGAUGAAGACACCAUGAGGUUUCGUUGCUGCGUCCCAGUAUGCUCUUGCCGCUCCUGUGAUGACCCAAUUCGCAAGCAUAAGGUGUGGCAGCGGUGAUCCAAUUGAGCCAUGAGCUGCCCGUACGAGAGAUUGCGCAGGGCAUGCUCCUUGGCACACAGUUCUAGUACUUCAUACCGGAAGUGGCUGAAGAAGUUUCACCUGCUGCCGGCGAGGUCCAAGUCUCGUCUCCUCUUCAGGACGUUCAUUUGAAGGAGGUGGACUUGUCCUACCCCGAACAUGGUUCGAGGACCUAGCUCGCAGGCUGGGCCAUUGCAAUACCAAUCACCUCCAUUCCCCAAGCGGCACACGAACACCUCCUACUAUCGUAGGUGGCGUAAGAGGCCAUCACAGUUGGAGAGGGUGCAGAAGGAGGAUGAGGAAUAGUAUAUAUUUUGUAAUACAUUGAACAUUUGUGUAUAUUAAACAUUGUUGGAUUUUGACAUUUUGACAUUUGUACAUAGUUUGUAAUGUAUGUAUAUAUGUUCAUCGUUUUUAUCAUAUUUAGAAUAUGAAUCGAAGUCGAUAAGCCUCAUUAGUACAUAGUUUCAUUCAUGCUCGGAGUUGUUAUGACUUGUGUUGAUGACUUCAUUGCAAAUAGACGAUGCCGAUAAUUCAACAUAGUUUCAUUAAUAAUGAUUAUAAAUACAUCGUUCAUUCAUGAAAUAAAACCAUUACAACUUAAGAACGCUUAUUAAACUUUUUCAAUAUCCUCUUGGUUUCUUCACUCUACUCACCUUAUCAAUUGCUUCCCUUCUCAAGUUAUGUAUCUCGGUUCUAAGCUCCUCAUUCUCUUUGUCGAGCUUAAUAUGAUGUCUUUUUGCCAUUUGGUGCCCUCUGGAUCAACCCACCUAAUGUAGGUGCAUCCCAAACCUUCAUCUUCGAAUAGUGGACAGGCAACAUUGAAUUCCAGAAUCAAAAUCGCUCCAAUCGCGUCUGUAUUCAGUUUCAUGACCACAAUGACAGAAUUUACAAGAACUUACCUCGGCUUAAUUUCAAAAGCAAUAGGAUGGAUAGAA